GACCCUGUAUUAGUUUUGCCCAGCUGCUGUCCUCAGCUACGCACUUCCCCUCUCUGCCCCUCGUUUUCGUCGCUCCGGCCUUCACUCUCUGUAAUGGGCGACGAGAAGAAGUCCAAACCUGCUGGUGUCUGGCCUGCCGUCAAACCUUUCGUCAAUGGCGGAGCCUCUGGAAUGCUCGCCACCUGUGUUAUUCAGCCCAUUGAUAUGGUUAAGGUGAGGAUACAACUGGGUCAAGGGUCCGCUGCUCGGGUGACAUCCACUAUGCUCAAGAACGAGGGCAUCGCUGCAUUCUACAAGGGUCUAUCUGCAGGAUUACUCAGACAAGCUACAUACACUACUGCUCGACUAGGAUCAUUCAAGAUAUUGACAAACAAAGCAAUUGAGGCUAAUGAUGGGAAGCCACUGCCACUCUAUCAGAAAGCUCUAUGUGGGCUGACUGCUGGUGCUAUUGGAGCAAGUGUUGGCAGUCCAGCUGAUUUGGCACUCAUACGAAUGCAGGCUGAUGCAACUUUACCUGCUGCUCAGCGCCGAAAUUAUGCAAAUGCUUUCCAUGCUCUUUAUCGCAUUGUUUCUGAUGAAGGGGUUUUGGCACUUUGGAAAGGUGCAGGCCCUACUGUAGUAAGAGCUAUGGCAUUGAACAUGGGAAUGCUUGCAUCCUAUGAUCAAAGUGUUGAGUUUUUCAAGGAUUCCCUUGGUUUCGGUGAAGCUGCUACUGUGCUAGGUGCGAGUACUGUAUCUGGAUUUUUCGCAUCAGCUUGCAGUUUGCCAUUUGACUAUGUCAAGACGCAGAUUCAGAAGAUGCAGCCCGAUGCUGAGGGGAAAUUUCCAUACAACGGCUCUCUCGAUUGUGCUCUCAAAACGUUGAAAUCAGGAGGACCCUUUAAAUUUUACACUGGAUUCCCUGUGUAUUGUGUCAGGAUUGCUCCUCAUGUCAUGAUGACAUGGAUUUUCCUCAACAAGAUUCAGAAGUUGGAGAAAUCAGUUGGGUUGUAGGUCUCCCGAGUGGUGGGCUUUUUGUAUUUGAUCCAGGCUAAGCUUUAAAUAAUCUGGUGGCAAUUUCACACUAACGAGGCUGUUCAUUUUUUGAGAUUUAAUCAUAUAAUCGUGCGACUUAGGCGGGGGUCUUAACACACCUUGUACCAAUUUAUGGAUAAGGGUGUGACUGAAGUAACAUAGUAUAGUUGAAAUGAUGAGCCGUCUCACUUCUAUAAGAGGAGAAUAUAAAUUUGAAUCCUGAAAAA